AUGCGGCGGUUCUGGGCUGCAAGCUUCCUCCUUGCAGCACUUUUACAGACGACGGCAAUCGCCGAAGAUGUCACGACGAAAAAGCAGACUACUUCAUCACAAAUAGAACAAGACAAGAAGCCCGCUGACUUAGAAGCUGCGGACAGUGCGUAUCUGCCGUUUUCGAUUAAUAAGAACCCUAUCAUCAGCACUUAUAAUCCUGCCACCUACUUUACGUCAAAUCCGUAUCUUUCAUCUUCGUCGAAUUUUCCAAAUUCCAUUUUUUCUUUCAAUCAAGACAAGACUACUUCCAUCCAUCAACAAAUCAAAUGCGGCGAUACCUAUCCCCAAGCUUGUCAGCGUUUACGAUAUCGAAGUUACGAUGGUUCCUGCAAUAAUCUUCAAAACCCAUCGUGGGGUCUAGCCAAUACAAGAUACGGAAGACUCUUGCGUCCACGUUACAGUGAUGGCAUUCGAGCACCAACGAAGUCAGUCACCGGUCAAGACCUGCCUCUAGCUCGAGCCGUCAGCUACACGAUGUUCCAGAACAUUGACAUCGAUGAUAGACUCUGGACCCUAGCUUCGAUGCAAUACGGACAAAUCAUGGCGCACGAUAUGGGUUUGAUCGAUGGCACAACUCAGUCAAAAUCCCACCAGACACGAUGCUGCACAUUCAAUGGCCAGAUAACACCGGAAGCGACGACGUCACCCCUGUGCUUCCCAAUACUGAUACCGCGUGACGAUCCAGUGUACAGCAGAUCCUCCGUGCAAUGCUUGAACUUUGUCCGUAGUAUGACCGACCUUGAUCGUGGCUGUUCGUCUCCGCACAAGCCAGCAGAACAGUUAAACACUGUCACUCAUUAUUUGGACCUUUCGAUCGUCUACGGAUCGAGCAACGACGUUGCGGCUAGUUUGCGUGCUGGUUUUGGCGGACGUUUGAACGUGGAAGUGAGGAAGAACAGACAGUUUCCACCACAGUCGCAAAAUAAAACUGCCAUGUGCGAUUUGGUGUAUGAAUCCGAGCCGUGCUACGCUACUGGUGAUACUCGAGCCAAUCAGAAUCCGCAAUUGACGAUCCUACAAAUCGUAUUGCUCAGAGAGCACAAUCGUGUUGCCGAUUACUUGGCGGAAUUAAAUCCUCACUGGACCGACGAAACGAUAUUUCAAGAAACACGUCGCAUCGUGAUCGCUGAACAUCAGAAUAUUGCGUACUACGAAUGGCUGCCGAUUUUCUUAGGUCUUAUGCAAGUUUAUGAGAACAAAAUCAAUUAUGACACUACCAAUUAUGUGGAUGAUUAUGACAAGACAGUUAAAGGUAACGUGUUGAACGAGCACGCAAACGCAGCCAAUAGAUAUUUCCAUUCGCUAAUCGCCGGUCAUCUGAACUUGGUGAUGAAAGAACGAUACUACUCUCCUUUCAAUUCAUUGAGACUGAGCGAUCACUUCAAUAGACCCGGUAUUAUAGAGAAGGGCAACAAUCUAGACGAUCUGACACGGGGUUUAUCCUCUCAACCGCAGAAAAAUGCCGAUACAUAUUUCGACGAAGAGAUUACGCAGUACUUGUUCAGGAGAGGAAGAGUUCUUGGUUCUGAUCUGCGAGCGACGGACAUACAGAGAGAUCGCGAUCACGGAAUCGCAUCAUACAACGACUAUCGCGAAUACUGCGGAUUACGGCGAGCACGCACUUUCGAGGACUUUGCUGACCAUAUAUCUCUCCCAGAUAUACAGAAACUGUCCACGUUGUAUGCCAGCCCGGAUGAUGUCGAGUUGACCGUCGGCGGAUCUUUGGAGAGGCUCGUGGCUGGUACUUUAGCUGGCCCGACGUUCCAGUGUAUCUUGAUAAAACAAUUUCAACUAACGCGAGUCGGCGAUCGUUACUGGUUCGAGACCGGAAAUCCGGAAAUAGCAUUUACGUUAGAACAAUUAAACGAAUUACGAAAGUCGUCUAUAUCGCGACUGCUUUGCGACAAUGGAGACCGUAUUCAAUAUAUGCAAAAAUUAGGAUUCCUACAAGUAUCUGAAAUGAAUCCGAUGAGGGCAUGCGACGAGCUGCCGCAAGUAAAUCUUUCUUUGUGGAAGGAUUUUGGUUCAGAGACUCACGGCUUUACAAAUUACCAUAUUAAUGGAUUCCAAUUUAAAAAAUGAACAAAUUCAUGCAAACGAGUUUGUUUCUAUUAAUAGAAACAGAACUCAAGUAUUAUCGUUAUUUAAAACUAAUCAACAAUAAUUAAUCUAAGAAAUAGAAAAAGUACUAAAAUGAAGUAAAAAAAUCGAAAAUUUUACUAAUUUAUAUUUUACUAUUUUAUAUUUUACUAUUUUAUAUUUUAUAUUUUUAGCGCAAUUAACAGCGCCAAUUGUAAUGUGUAUGCAACGUGCACGCUAGUAUUAGCUAAUUUUGUAUAUUGUACAAAUCAUAACACAUGUGAGACAAAGGAAGAAAAAAAUUAAAUUACCAUUUUCGUAAAA